AUGUUCAGACUAGUCCGCAGCAGGCCGAUUGCGACUGCUCUGAGAGCUGCAGCUGAGCCGUCCCUUCAGACUAGAUUCGCAGCGCAACAAAAGAGAAAUCUUUCCAUCCAUGAAUACUUGUCCGCCAACCUGCUGAAAUCCUAUGGCGUUGGUGUGCCCAAAGGCGAGGUGGCCCGUACUCCAGAGGAGGCAGAAGCUGUUGCCAAGUCAAUCGGCGGAGAUGACAUGGUCAUCAAGGCACAGGUCCUCGCUGGGGGUCGUGGAAAAGGUUCCUUUGACAACGGGCUGAAGGGUGGUGUUCGCGUCAUCUAUUCGCCCACUGAGGCCAAGAUGUUCGCGGACCAAAUGAUCGGACACAAGUUGAUUACGAAGCAAACCGGUGCCCGUGGGCGUCUCUGCAACGCCGUCUACAUUGUCGAGCGCAAGUUUGCUCGUCGCGAAUUCUACCUUGCUAUCCUGAUGGACCGCCAGACCCAGUCCCCCGUUGUUGUGGCUUCGUCUCAAGGUGGUAUGGACAUUGAGGCUGUCGCCAAGGAGAGCCCCGAAGCCAUCAUCACCACCCCGAUUGAUAUCAAUAUCGGUGUGACCGACGAGAUUGCUCGCACCAUUGCCACGGACCUUGGAUUUUCCGAGCAGUGCAUUGAGGACGCAAAGACCACUAUCCAGAACCUCUACAAAGUCUUUAUUGAGAAAGAUGCUACUCAGAUCGAAAUCAACCCUCUUUCCGAGACCUCCGACCACCAGGUUUUGGCUAUGGAUGCCAAGCUUGGAUUUGAUGACAACGCAGAGUUCAGACAGAAGGAAGUUUUCUCAUGGAGGGACACCACCCAGGAGGACGCCGAUGAAGUUAAGGCUGCUGAGCAUGGACUCAACUUCAUCAAGCUUGAUGGAGACAUUGGUUGCCUUGUUAACGGUGCUGGUCUCGCCAUGGCCACUAUGGACAUCAUCAAGCUGAACGGCGGUAACCCUGCCAACUUCUUGGACGUUGGUGGUGGUGCUACACCGGCUGCCAUCAAAUCUGCCUUUGAUCUGAUCACCAGCGACCCCAAGGUCACCGCUAUCUUCGUCAACAUUUUCGGCGGUAUUGUGCGCUGUGACGCCAUCGCCCAAGGUCUCAUCAACGUCGUCCGCGACAUGGGCCUGCGCACCCCCGUCGUUGCUCGUCUCCAGGGAACCAACAUGGAGCUAGCUCGCAAGCUGAUCGACGAAUCCGGCCUUAAGAUUUUCUCUAUCGAGGACCUGCAGAGUGCCGCCGAGAAGUCCGUCCAAUUCUCCAAGGUCGUCAAGCUAGCCCGUGAUAUCGACGUUGGCGUCGAAUUCACUCUGGGUAUAUAA